AUGGAAGUGGACCGCAACGUGAAGCUUCUGACUAACUUCGAAGUUUUGCAGCUAAUAAAUUCAAAAUUGAGCUCGAAGAAGAAAAUCAGAAGUCAACAAACGCUUUUGUACACAAGUUCCAAGUAUCUGAAUUCCAAAACUCCAUGUACAGUUCAAUCUCCGGAAGCUAUCCAUGCAUUUUCCAGAGCUGUUAAACCGUUUGAGUUAUCCAAGGUGGAGCUUUUAAUGCUCAUUAACCACUGCCCGUCAACACAAGUUGAGCUAUCUGUGGUGAUGGGAGAUCUCUUGGUAUGCAUAAGUCCGGCACCCAACACUGUAGAGCAUCAAGUGUCUAGACUAAUGAUGGCCGCAAUACGAAAGAACCCUAAAGAAAGCGAAUGA